GACAGAUCCCUCCCCUUGCCUCUUGUCUCUGGAUGCACACUCUCUGAACUCUCAAACGAUUUUACUUCAACCUACCUCGAUCAUCUCACCCGAGUCCUACUGGCAGCACUCAGUUGCAUCAAGAGGGCUUAGAUUCACUUCAGUGAAAAGGACUCAUGGGAGUGGAACAAAGGGCUGCUAAACAGAGGCUUCUGAGAAAUAAAGACUGAAGAACACUUUCAUUUUGUAGAGGAACCAAACAUGAAAUUGCCUCUGGGCAUCACACUUGCACUCUUCUUAAUACUUCAGGCGUUCCAGCAAGCGUCCACCCAGAUACCUGAAGAUUGGAAAAGAAAUAAUGGGACUACAGGCGAUGAAGGAAAACAACCACAUAGUGAGGAAAUAACUGCUAAACCAACAGGAAACAGUAAGGAAGACAAACAAAGCAAUGUGGAUGCACAAACUAACCCAGAAAGCAGUACAGACAGUGAAGGACAACCAUUUGGCACAUUUUAUUUUAGUGAAGGAGGAGAGCAAAAUUCCACAAAGUUGGAUCAGAUGCCUGAGCAGUCUGUCGCUGACACAGAGGAAGCUAGUUCUGACAGUCCCAUUGCUACAACACCACCUCCUAUGAUUGCAUUUAAUUCAAGUUCUGAGCUCUCAGAUACAUCAGCAGAAUCCAAUGAAACUCUGACACAGGACACAGCCACAAAUACCUCCACACCAGAGCCAGAACACACAAAUGAAUCUACUCUUAAUGACACAUAUACCAGUCCACAACCUGAGACUACCACAACAGAGAGCAGCCAUGAUGAAUCGAGUUCUGGAUAUUUGCCCUCAGAUGAUGUACCCACCAACAGCACUACUAAGAGUCCGACCACCACAACAAAAGAUGAAAGCGUCCAGAAUGGAACUACAGUGAGUCCAACUGACCCAGAAGUACACAGAACUACAACGGCAGCAGUUCGACCGACCGUCUCUGAGGAUGUCACGACUCCUGCCCUGUCAGACAGUGAGGAUACAAACCAGACCGAACCUACUGACACCAGAGAGAAUUCUGAAAGAGGUUUAUCUUCAGAUGUUACCGAAAGCAAGAAAGGGCAGGCAUGGACUCUUGUCCUAGUCAUUGGGAUUAUAGCGGGGGUCCUGGCCUUGGGAGCAUUUAUCAUCCUGAAUCAAAGAAACAAAAGAGACUUCUCACACAGAAAACUGGUGGAAGAGAUGUCACCUGAUCCAGUUCUCCGACUGGAUAACAGUGAGCCACUCGACCUGAAGUUUGAUGGAUUUGGUUACUACAAUCCAGGACUACAAGGGGACAACAUCCAGAUGACCAGCUUUCCACAGGGACAUUCAAAAUGAGAACAAAUCUGUGAUGCCAUAGACAUUUUUUUUUAUGUUGCAGCACUCAUGUGAAGACAAAAGAAUGUAAUUAAGAAAGGCAAUUUUGCAUAACUGAACAAUCAAAACUUUUUUUUUUUUUUUAAUGUUUAAUAGUGUUUUUUGUUUGAAUGUUUUAAACUCUCUGAAAGAAGAAUAUUUCUAUACUGGGCACUUUUUGUUGGAACUGCAAAGUGUUGGGUUGUAUGUCUGCUUCUAUUUAAUUGUCCAGCAAAUUGUUUAAUGUCAAUUACUGUAUCAUGUCAAAACCCAUAUAUGCAAAAUGGUGGAAAUUAUCAGCAUUGUGACACAACUUCAACAGUUUUGGUCUUGAAGAUCAAGAUUAUAUGACUGAACUGGGAGAACAUCUAUUGAACAUCUCAUUGAAUUUUCAGACACAGGCCUUUCUUCUGAGCCUAUAAUAAGAUUUUUUAGUUUACAAAAGCUUUAAACUAAAUAGAGAAUAAACAUGGCAGUAGGUUCUCAGAUUAUUAAUAAUAAAAAAAAGAU